ACAAAAAAAAAAAAAAAAAAAACAACAACUGGAAAUUAUGUUCCAAUCGGCGCGGAUCCAGCCGGCAAGAUGAUGAUUUUACCAAGGAGUGGGGUAGAUUGCGUAACGGAUUCGGUGGUGUUGGUGGUAUUCCUCGUGUCUACUUUUUUCGGGACUGCCUUGGCCAAGGAUACUGCUUUUGUGGAAGUGGUGCUGUUCGAGUCCAGUCCUAAUGGAGAUUAUACGACUUACACCACUGGUUUGCAAGGACGAUUCGCAAAGGCUGGAGCCAUUAUCAGCGCAGAAGGCGAGAUCGUGCAGAUGCAUCCUCUGGGACUCUGUAACAACAACGAUGAAGAGGAUCUCUAUGAGUACGGCUGGGUGGGUGUGGUCAAGCUGGAGCAGCCCGAGUUGGACCCCAGCUGUCUCACGGUUCUGGGGAAGGCAAAAAGAGCUGUCCAAAGAGGAGCCACUGCAGUCAUCUUCGAUGUCUCUGAAAACCCUGAUGCUAUUGAUCAGUUGAACCAAGGCUCGGAGGAUCCACUCAAGAGGCCUGUGGUGUAUGUGAAAGGAGUGGAUGCCGUGAAGCUCAUGAACAUUGUGAACAAGCAGAAAGUGGCGAGAGCGAGGAUCCAGCACCGGCCGCCUCAGCAACCCACAGAGUAUUUCGAUAUGGGGAUCUUCCUGGCCUUCUUCGUGGUGGUGUCGCUGGUCUGCCUGGUUCUCCUCAUCAAGAUCAAGUUAAAGCAGCGUCGGAAUCAGAGUUCCAUGAACAGAAUGGCUAUCCAGGCACUGGAAAAGAUGGAAACAAGAAAGUUUAAGUCAAAGAGCAAAGUUCAUCGAGAGGGGAGCUGCAGCGCCUCGGACACACUGACCAGCAGCUCCACUGCCGACUGUGCCAUCUGCCUGGAGAAAUACAUUGACGGAGAGGAGCUCAGAGUCAUCCCCUGCGCUCACAGGUUUCAUAAGAAGUGUGUGGAUCCAUGGCUGGUGCAGCAUCACACCUGCCCACACUGCAGGCACAAUAUCAUUGAACAGAAAAAGGGAAACCCUGGACCCGUCUUCGUGGAGCCUGGCAAUCCUCCCCACAGCCGGCAGCAGAGGGUGCUUCUUCCGGUACACUACCCCGGGCGAGUGCACAGGACCGGCCCGAUCACCUACCCAACUCAGACCAGCAUGGAUCCCCACGGCAACCCCAUCACUGUCCUGACAGUGGACCAGCACGGGGAGCAGAGCCUGUAUCCGGCGCAGUCCUCCAGCUUCGUCCGGAGCUACCAGCCCAUCCAUCUGGAUCGCUCUCUGAACCCCCGCCACUGCAACGGGGAGCACCGGCCCUCCUACCCCCAGCCCCACACCUUCAAGAGGCGCAACUUCUCUCGGCCUGCCUGCUUCUCGCAGUAUGAGACCAUGUACCAGCACUACUUCUUCCAGGGUCUGAGCUACCCACAGACUGAGGGCCAACCAGGAACCGGGCCGCACGUGGGCCCCGCCCAGGCUUUCCAGCAGGGCAUGCUGUUCCCCACGGUGGUGCACAUGGCCCCCACCACGUCUUCCCACCUCGGGGAGAGAGGCAGUACCUCCAGCUUCAGCUGCUACCACAGGCACCGCUCGGUGUGCAGUGGCUACCUGGCGGACUGCCCCGGCAGUGACAGCAGCAGCAGCAGCUCGGGGCAGUGCCACUGCUCCUCCAGCGACUCCAUGCUGGACUGCACUGAGGUGAGCAACCAGGGGGUCUAUGGGAGCUGCUCCACCUUCCGCAGCUCGCUGAGCAGCGAUUAUGACCCCUACGUGUACCGCAGCAGGAGCCCCUGCCGGGGGGCGACUAGCGAGGCUGGGACUGGCUGCCCACCCGCUCCCCAGGAUGAUCCUUCUGCCUCUUCCAGCCAUGAUUGCCUCCGGCCCCCAGCCCGGACCACAUUUUUCUCAGGGGACCAGCUGUCCGGCUGUAGCCUGGAGCCCAACUAUAGCAGCCACUCUUCUCUGGAACCAAGGGAAACCAAUACCACUACCUCAAACGGUGCCCUUGAGGCCAUUGAGCCAGAGCUCCGGGGCUGGAAGAAAGGGGCUGAGGACGGGCAGCAGGGGCCAGCCUGUAGCUGCUGUUUCGAGAUCCCGCCCGUCGCUUCAGAGAGCAAAGGGAUGGAGGUGGGCAGGGCCUUCUUUGUAGACGGGGCUCAUUGCAGCCGGGGGGCGGAGCCCAGGACCCUUUUAGGUUCCGCCCCUCAGAACUUGUACAGCGUUAACAUGGACCACUUGUGCCGGGCAGAGCCGAUGAAUUCCGAAGGGCUGCCUUGCUGUUUCUAUGAGGAGACAAGCAUUCACCGGAACAGUGGGGGCUGUUACGCUGAGGACUUUGCUGUGAGUGUCCAGUACCCAUGGACUGACGUGGAGCCCGCCUCCUCACAGAUCCAGCGCAUACCCAUCAUCCCAGAGGACAUGGACUGUGAGCUGGGUCAGGGGCCUGCCCAGGCAGGACAGGGCAGGACAGGGGCUCGAGGCGAGCCCAGCGAACUUUACUUCCCCUCGGAGACGUUCGGCAGCCGGAUGUACCCCCUUGAGGAAGAGGAGAGGGCUCUUUUUCACAACAACCGUCCCAGUUUCCAUGAAGCACAGGGGAAUAUUGCAGGGUCAUUAACAUCACACCUAUUGGAGGAAGAGAGCCCAGCAGCUCCCACCCUGUGACGGUGCAAGUUCACUCAUACAGGAAGCUUUCAUUUUUAUUAUUAAGACUCAAGCUCUUAGGGUUUAUAUUUUUGUUUUUGUUUUUUGUUUUGUUUUUUAGCUUUGAAAAAAAAAAAAAGAAACACACAAAAGUGGUAAUAUGGAGAAUUUCCAAAAUCCAGCACAUCUUCCUUCAGCCUGGAACUGUGCUCCCAUCUGUCCUCGUUUCUGUUCUCCGUGGCUUCUAGCAGACCAAGUCGUAUUGGUGUGCUCUCCUCGGUUCAAUGGUAAACUGAGCUGCGAGAUUAAAAACAGGACCAUGCAAGACUUCAAACUUCAGGCUUUCUCCAGAGAGUCUGGGCCUUCCCAUGUACACUCAGGGCUACAGCGGCUUUCGUAGCUAACCAGCAAUUCAUAUUGUACACACAGAGAUGUGGAAUAGUCUAGUUCUGUUACAGUGUCCUGUCCAUAUGAACUGAACAAGCUCACUGAGCUAGGUGCUUUCACUGGUAUGAUUGGGGAUGGUCAAUAAUAAUAAUAAUAUUAGUAAUAAUAAUUAAUAAUAUAAUAGAAUAUAUUUUUUGUAAGUGUGAUCGCAGUAUAACAUCGUCCUGAUAUUUUCUAACCCAUUGUUGCCCCAAUCUCCCUCCUUCUUCUUUAUGUAUGUUUUGUGCUGUUGUAAUAAAUAGGAACGCAACUUUGGAUCUGCGUGUGUUGGAAAAAGAGCCACAGUUAAAUAAAUCAUGUAAAUGGCAAGAAAUAUGGGAAUGAAUGCUGGCUUGAUCUAGAAAGAAGAGAAUGAAUGCUGGCUUGAUCUAGAAAGAUGAGCACAAACGCUGGCUUGAUCUAGAAAGACGAGAACAAACGCUGGCUUGAUCUAGAAAGAUGAGAGUGAACGCUGGCUUGAUCUAGAAAGAUGAGGAUGAAUGCUGGUUUGAUCUAGAAAGAUGAGGAUGAAUGCUGGCUUGGUCUAGAAAGAUGAGGAUGAAUGCUGGCUUGAUCUAGAAAGAUGAGAACAAACGCUGGCUUGAUCUAGAAAGAUGAGGAUGAACGCUGGCUUGAUCUAGAAAGAUGAGGAUGAACGCUGGCUUGAUCCCCAAAGGUGGAUUUUGAAAACAGUGUCUCUCUGAAAUGCUUGUCAGUGUUGAUAGUGUUAUCAGCAUAUGCCUUUCUUGUUUGUUCUGCAGAUUGUAUACUGUUUCUAUGAAAUAUGUCCAAACUGCAGAGACAACCAGUGAAGUCCCCCUGUUUAUAAGUGACCCGGAAUUCACUAGUAUAUCGUUUGCUCCCCGGCUGAACCUGAUCUGACCUGUUGCUUAUCUUCCUGCUAGAUAAUGUACAGUUGUGCUGGGUACUUGAGGCACCAUUUCAUUUUGAUUUCUUUACUUUUUUUUUAUUUGUAGCACUUAAAGGAUUGUAUUAAAAAAAUGGUGUACAAAAAAGUUAUUUUAUUUUCUCCUUCAUUACCAUUUUUUUAUGUUUUCUGAAAGGCUAGAAAGUCAAUGUGUGUAUAUUUCUGUAUAUGUAUAACAGCACAUUUCAUUUAUGGAAAUAUGUUCUCGGAAUAUUUAUUUACUAAUAUAUUUAUCUUUAAGCCAUGUCUUAUGUUGAGAGUGUAUGAGCGUUAUUGAAAUCAUUUUUUUAUGAGAAAUCACUAUCAUGAGACUUUGUAAAUACAUAAUAAUUGCACACAAAGAUUAAAUAUUCUCUGACCAAAAAACUGAUUUUUAAAUGUUAGUACUAUACAGUUUUGUAACAAAGUGUACAAAGGUCUGUAAAAAUACAGUUUUAUUCAAGUAAAAAUAAG